AUGGAGAUUUCAUCAACCUUGUUGUGUUUAAACCUUCUUCUUGUUGCUUCCAUUACUAAAGCUCAAGCUGCUGAUGUCAUCUCUGAUGCAUUAAUGAGCUUAAAAUCUGAGUUUACUGAUAAUUAUAAUGCAUUAAGUGAUUGGUUUAUGCCUUCUAAUAAAAACCCAUAUGAUGAAAUUGCAGCUUGUUCUUGGUCUGGUGUUUCUUGCAACAACAACUCCACUAUGAUCAUUGGUUUAGACCUUUCAAAAAAAGGUUUGGGUGGUCAACUUUCUGGGAAACAAUUUGGUGUGUUUGUUGAUCUUGUUAGUCUUAAUCUUAGCCAUAAUUUGUUUUCUGGGAAACUUCCAAUUUCAAUUUUUAAUCUUACAAAUUUGAAGAGUUUAGAUAUUAGCAGGAACAAUUUUUCAGGAAAUUUUCCAAAUGGGGUUUCAAGGUUGAAAAAACUUGUUGUGCUUGAUGCAUUUAGUAAUAGUUUUUCUGGGUUAUUACCAGCUGAAGUUUCUGAGGUGGAAUUAUUGAAAGUUGUCAACUUUGCUGGAAGUUAUUUCAGUGGGUCUAUUCCUUCAGAAUUUGGGAAUUUUAAGAGUUUAGAGUUCAUACAUUUAGCUGGAAAUCUUCUUGGGGGUGAAAUUCCUCCAGAAUUAGGAAAGCUUCAAACUUUGAUUCAUAUGGAAAUUGGUUAUAAUUCUUACCAAGGUGGGAUUCCUUGGGAAAUUGGUAAUAUGAGUGAACUUCAUUACCUUGAUAUUGCUGGUGCUAAUCUUUCGGGUUCGAUUCCGAAAGGACUUAGCAAUUUGAGUAAACUUGAAUCUCUAUUUCUUUUCAGAAACCAGCUUACUGGUGUGAUUCCUUCAGAGCUCAGUAAGCUGAUUUCUCUGCAAAGUUUGGAUCUUUCUGACAAUCAGAUUUCUGGGAAAAUCCCAGAGAGUUUCUCAGAGUUGAAGAAUCUAUCAUUGCUUAGUCUUUUUGAAAAUGAACUGAGUGGCACUGUUCCCAAAGCUAUAGCUGAUCUUCCUAGGUUGGAAACUCUUCUCAUUUGGAACAAUUUUUUCUCUGGGUUUCUUCCAAAUGGCUUGGGAAUCAACUCAAACCUGAUUUUGGUGGAUGUUUCAACAAACAAUUUCAGUGGAAACAUACCACCUAAUCUUUGUGCUAAUGGUAUGCUUUCCAAGCUUAUAUUGUUUUCUAACUCUUUUACUGGUGAGCUUCCUCUUUUUCUCUCUAAUUGUUCAUCACUCGUGAGAAUUCGUUUCGAAGAUAAUUUACUCUCAGGUCCUAUCUCAUUGAACUUUGGCAGUCUAUCUGAUAUCUCAUAUGUUGAUUUGUCAAGUAACAAGUUAACAGGUGGAGUUCCUGAGAGCAUUACUCAUGCUCUUAAGCUUGAGUACUUCAAUGUCUCCAAUAACUUGGAGCUUGGUGAUGCACUUCCACCAAAACUUUGGUCCUUACCUGUUCUUAGCAACUUUUCAGCCACCUCUUGUAACAUAUCAGGCAACAUUCCUCCUUUCCAAUCUUGUAAGACUCUUUCUGUAGUUGAACUUAGUUCAAACCAUUUGUCAGGGAAUAUGCCUGAGACUGUAACAGAUUGCCAAGGCGUUCGUAUUAUAGACCUAUCUCAUAAUAACCUUAGUGGUGAAAUCCCUGAAAAACUAGGUCAUUCCACAGGCUUGCUGCUACUAAAUGUGUCAUUUAAUGAUAUAUCUGGUUCAAUUCCAGAAUACAACAGUUUCAGAUUGAUGGAUAGCAGUGCUUUUGUGGGUAACCCGAAGUUAUGUGGUGUGCCUUUGAAACCCUGCCCGAAUUCUAAGGAAAUCCAAAAUGAGUUGUUGUGGGUAUUGAUACUUUGUGCAGCUGUUGUUGUUUUCAUAGCGCUUGCUGUUUCCGGGGUAUAUUAUGUCCACAAAGGGAGAAAGAGAGGGCAAUGGAAAACGAUCUCUUUUAAUGGGUUGCCUAACUACACCGCGAAUGAUUUAUUAAAGAGCUUUAGCAGUCCGGAUUUCAUGGAGAUAACACCAUAUCCUUUAGUAUCCUCUCCAAUUUGCAAAGUUACUUUGCCAACAGGAAUAACAGUUUCAGUGAAGAAGAUUGAGUGGGACCCACAAAGAAUGGAAGUUAUGGAAGAACUCAUCAUUCAAAUGGGUAAUGCAAGGCAUAAGAACCUAACUAAAUUGCUUGGAUAUUGUUACAACAAGGAACUUGUGUAUCUUCUAUAUGAUUAUGUACCGAAUGGAAGUUUGGCCGAGAAGAUGUUGGUAAGGCAGGAUUGGGCUUCCAAGUACAGGAUAAUCUUGGGCAUUGCAAAGAGCUUAUGCUUCCUUCAUCAUGAUUGUUAUCCUGCAAUUCCUCAUGGCGAUCUAAGAUCGAGCAACAUAGUGUUUGCGGAAAGCAUGGAGCCUCAGUUGGCUGAAUUUGGUUUUCGGUUUUUGAUGCAGCUCAAUAAAGGUUCAUUCCCAGCGACACAGUCCAAAAUGCAACCAGAUCAAUACACAUUAAUCAAAGAAGAGCUAUACCUGGACAUCUACAACUUCGGAAAGAUCAUCCUAGAAAUCUUGACAAAUGGAAGGAUAAAAAAUGUGACCAAGAGCAUACAAAGCAAGCCAACAGAAGAUCUUUUAGAAGAGAUAUGCAAUGAAAAUGAAGUUAGUCCUCAAGAUUCUUUGAGGAAGGAAGUAAGUUUGGUGCUUGAAGUUGCUUUAGUGUGCACUAGAAGCAGGUCGUCAGACCAGCCAUCGAUGAAGGAUGUCUUAAAUCUUUUAUCUGGGUCGAAUCAUCGAAUGUAAAAACUCGAGCAGCACAUUUAGAUGAUAGAGCGUAAAUACUAGUAGUAUAGCAUAUAGCUCCAGUGAUUGUGAUUUCAUUACCAGCUAAGACUGCCUGAUGCAUUUGAUGGUUACACCAUGUUGUACCUUCUCCUAUUUCUCUGUUUGUACUUUUCUUAGUGUACGCUAUGUCUGAAUAGAGUUAGUUUCGUUAAUGGCUCGUUGGGCAAUAAAUUUUGGUCUUGAACUUC